UUUGCAGAAACGAUAGGGUGGCCCACAGGGGACGAUUCAGAAGUCAGUGCCACGAGUUCAGUUUGCAUCAGUAUGUCACGUUUUUAUCCAACUUCACAUAACGUUCAAUCCACAUCAACUUCUAUCACAAUGACCGCUGUUACUUCAAAUAAUUCACAAGAUCCAAAUGGUGGACACUGUGCUUCUCCAUAUCUUCGAAGAAUUCGAAUCCCAAAACUGAAUACUUUCCGUCAUCAUUUGGAAGAAGAUGAAGAUGAUGAGGAAUGGCUUGAGAUGCAGAUGGCAAAGAAUGAUUUGAUCCGAUUAAGAAUGAACGAAUUGAAAAACAAUCGUUUGAAGGAUCGUACAAAUAACAACAACAACAACAAUAAAAAUGAUUGCAAAAGUGUAAAAACGUCAAAAAGUUUUAAUGCAAGUUCAAUGGCAAACCAUACGAUGACAAAACAAUACACGGAACAAAAUCAUAAUGACCAAUAUUAUGAUGUUGAAUCCCGUAACGGCAACAGAUGUCUCCGUCAAUCGAAAGAAGAGAAUAAGAAAAGCCGACAUGAAAUACUAGAGACGCAGACAGCAAUGCAAAGAAGUCUAUGGUUCCAUCCAAAACAUCUUUUCAAUAUUGGUCCAACAGUUGAGCCAAUAAUAAAAGCAAAAUCAUCGUUUAUUUCCGGAAAAUUCUGAAAUUCAAGAACUUACUUCAUCCCAUUUCCCAUGCUCUUUUAAUUUUGACCAAUUCGUAAUAUCUUUCAUUUGUUCCAAGUUUUCCUCUAAAAAUAAAAAAUUAUAUUUUUGCCCCUCCCAUUUCUCUCUAUUUUCAUAUGUCUCAUUCAAUAUUUGAGAAAUAAAUAAAUAAACUCGUA